AUGGCUCAUGCUCCUCUCCUCAGAAACAACACGGCUCCUGUAUUCCCAAACCAGAACGGAAUUGGCGGCCUACCCAAUACCAUGAGUAAUGCGCCCCGCGCCAGCCAGCUUUCCGGCUCGACAGCCUUCUCAUCGGCCUCUUUCGCGACCACGUCGACGAUAACUCCCGCCCAAAAUGGAGGCCCUGUUAUGGCAACCGCCAACAUCAUCAAUCAAAAGGCCGACGCUUCGCGCUCCCUUUACCAGAUUUGCAUGUCGUUGAAGCAGCGCCUGGCACAGGUCCCUGGAUUUGACCCCUAUCUCGAGCAGUUGGACCCCAACGACCCUGUCGAAUCCCUGUGGGGCCUUUUCCGCACCGGCUACCCGUUCCUCGACAUUUACAACGCCCUGCAGCCCGAGAAGCGCCUCGAGAUCGAAGAGUCCAACGCCGCUGCGUCGGAGAGCAAGAAGUCCAAGAUUGCCAUUUUCAAGUUUAUCCAGGCCUGCUUAAAGGAACUCGGCAUCCCGUCUGCAGAAUGCUUCGUCAUCAGCGACGUGCUAGGCAAUGACACCACUGGAUUCGUCAAGACUACACAGGUUGUGAACCUCGUCCUCGAUCUUGCCGAACAGAGAGGGCUGCUGCUGCAGCUCCAACCCUACCCCGAGGAUGAUCUGCCGAAGGAACCCGGCUCCAAGCUGACCUACCGAGACCACAUUAUCAAGGAGUUGGUUGAUACGGAACGCAAGUACGUGCAGGACUUGGAAAACCUUUACGACCUGAAGAGCAGUUUGGAGACGAAGGGCAUCAUUACGGGAGACACCAUUCACCAGAUCUUCCUAAACAUCAACGCCAUUCUUGAUUUCCAGCGCAGAUUUCUCAUUCGAGUCGAAACGACAAACUCCAUGCCCGAGGGGGUCCAGCAAUGGGGCGCUCCAUUUGUGACCUACGAAGAGGCCUUCGAUAUUUACCGACCCUUCAUCGCCAACCAGCGAAAGGCAGCCCAGGUUGCCGGUCAAGUCUUUGACCAGAUCAAGGCCUCCGGGCACCCUGUAGCGGCCGACUUCAAUACCCUCGACGGCUUCCUACUCAAGCCCAUGCAGCGACUAGUCAAGUACCCGCUUCUGCUGAAGGAUUUGCUGAAGAAGACCGAAGACGAAAACAUCAAGGCGGACUUGACGGCAGGUAUUGGGGCCGCGGAACGAGUACUCUCUAGGGCCAACGAAGAAGUCAACCGCGAUCUGUUGGAUGAGGCUCUGGAUGACCUCCGCAACCGUGUGGACGACUGGAAGAACCAUCGCGUUGAACAGUUCGGCAGGCUGCUCAUGCACGGCGUCUACACUGUCGUCACGGGGAAGAGCGAACAAGAGAAGGACUAUGAGAUCUAUCUCUUCGAAUGCAUCUUGCUCUGCUGCAAGGAGAUCUCGGCGAACAAGAGCAAGGACAAGAAGGACAAGACCCGGUCGACCGGCCCCAAGAUCAGGAACAAGAACGCGAGACUGCAGCUGAAGGGCCGGAUUUUCAUGACCAACGUUACCGAUGUUGUCUCCCUAUCGAAGCCCGGAUCGUAUAGCGUUCAGAUUUGGUGGAAGGGCGACCCCGGCGUGGAGAACUUCAUGAUCAAGUACUCGAACGAGGAGCAGAUGAAGAAAUGGGCCACCACGUUGGAAACACAGCGCAAGGACAACGCUCCCAAGGCUACGACCAGCCCGGACCAGGCGGCGCCCGAUUUUACCUGGACUCGUGAGCACGGCGGCAAACUCGAGAACCCGUACCUCAACCAGCAAGACGAUGACGAUGACGAGGAGCUCUGGCCGCCAGCCUCCGCCCCGGCUCAGUUCCCGAUGCCCACGCAAUCCACCGGUGGCAGCAUGCUUCCUCGUACUGCCUCCAGCACCAGCCUCAGAUCACGGGCUGCCACGGGCGAGAGUCUCGCCGGAAUGGUGAGGGCGCCCCCGCCACGAUUCCCCCUCCCGCAACCUCCGGUGCCCUUGAACAUCCAGACCCAGGUCCCAGCUCCGGGCGCGUCUUCUCCCGGUGCUCGCGGCGGCGAUUCGUACUUCUCACCGGUAGCCGAGUCCCCCGUCUCAUCGCGCACGAGUACUGCGAGCGGCAUGUUUCCCAACCCGAACUACCAAUUCCCCAAGUCUCUCACGCCUCAACCUGGAUGGGAGGACCCGAACCAGAGAUACACAGCGCCUGCGAUGCCGCGUGCGCCUUCUAGAGAUGGCUCCGGUCAGAGGAACCCACGCGGUCCCUCAUUGCCGGCGAUGGCAUCCAACAGCCAGAGCGCUGCGCAGCAGCAACGCAGCAGAUCGUACAGUACACCUGACAUCAACGGCCCGGGAGGCAUCCGUCGUACGCAAGGAGGCACUCCCGUACCGGCAGUCCCUGGAAUCCCGGCGCACCUGCAUCCAGCACACGAUCAGAACAUCCCGCGGUCUCAAACCGGCUCUCCUAGGAGCAACGACAUCCCGAUGCGCUCAAACACACAGAGCCCGGGAGCACAGCGAGAGCGGCAGUACAGCCACCAACAGUCUGGCAGUUACGGUGGCACAAUGUCGCAAUUCCCCGCUCAGCCGAUUUACCCUCGCCAGGGAACGCCAAACUCUGUCGUUCAUGAUCGACAGCUGAGCAUUGACGCCGCAGCCUCCAUGAACUCGAUGUUGUCCCCGCCUCUUGGCACCGGUGUUAGUGCAACUCAGUCCAACCCGCUUGCCAGCCCGGACCUCCCGAUCCCGACUCAGUUGAAGGUUAAGGUGAACUUUGUCGACAGCGGCAACUACGUGACUUUGGUCGUCGCGUUCAACAUUACCUACCAGUCUUUGAUUGAUCGAAUUGAUGCCAAGCUGGCGCGAUUUACCAACAGCAGCAUCAGCAAGGGAAUGCUCAAGCUGCGCUACCAGGACGAGGACGGCGACUUUGUCACCAUUGCCAGUGACGACGACAUCCAAAUUGCCUUCAUCGAGUGGAGGGAGGGUGCUCGCAACACCACUCCGGGUGGGGUCGGCGAGAUUGAACUCUUCUGCGUCGGAGACACGGCCUAG